AUGCCAAUGAGCCAGCACAAAGCGCCUAUCGCACUCUCAUUCGAGGCGAUCGACGACCUCAUCUAUGAUGCUCGGUCUGGCGAUCUCGAUGCUCUGAAGACCGAUAUCGAGAACCUUAGUAAGGAGCACGGCUGUUCGGCCGCAGUGAUCAUCGAGUCUGCUGUCGAUACGGAAGAUGAAAGCGAGGGAGGUACGGGGGCGUGUCUUUUGCAUUGGCCGGCUGCGAAUGGGAAUGUUGAAAUCCUCUCAUAUCUCCUCACCACCCUCUCAUCAGCAUCAUCUCCCUCGUCGAUAAUCAACCACCGCAAUCACUCCGGAAACACGCCUCUGCAUUGGGCUGCGUUGAACACGCAUCUUGACUGCGUCAAGGCCCUCGUUGAGGCUGGUGCUGAUAUCGACAUUAAGAAUGAUGCAGGCCAUGAUGCCGUCUUCCUUGCUGAGCGGACGGCUUGGUCGACGGAGGAGAAGGAGGGAGAGGAGGAGAAAGAUCAAGAAGCAGAGGCUCAAGCUGAGGUAGGAGAAGGCAAGGAGGUGGGAACGGGUAAGAUUCCCAAGGGCCAGGAGGUCGUAGAGUGGUUAUUGGGAUGUGAGAAGGGAGCUGGGUUGGAGAGUGGAGUCGGUGCCGAGGGAGAAGGGGAUGGAAGUAAGGGAGAAGAUAUGGAAGGUGUUGAGAAGACGAACGCAUAA